AUGAUACCUCGAAAGCUCAACGAACCCCCUUCAGUCAUCUCAUCCGUCCCUCCGCAUCUGCAAAUUUCAAUUCACCCAUCUUUCCUCCAAACUUGCCCUGAGCAAAAACAGGCCCUGGUCAUACCUCCAAGAAACACCUCGUCUGGUCCAUCUUUUCCUCCGACCCGCUUCACGUCCGACAAAGCAAGAUUGCAGUCGUUGAAGAGCAUUGAGGGGUCGUUGGGUGUCUCUUUGCACAUCGAACCAGCUUCUAUAUCGCCCACGACGCCAGUAGCCACGUCUACCGCAGCCUCAACCCAGGAGGAGCCGCUACCACAGACAUCGAGGACCUCAUUGUGCACUCUCUCAUCAUCGGCAAUUUUCCACUACACCUACACCGGAGACAGCACCCACUAUCCAUCGUGGUUGAAGAAAGCUGCAUGA